AUGGACGAAAGUAUGCAUAUUAAUCCAGUGGAGGGGGAGCACUUGAAUUCGAACACUAUUGUUGAGGGGAAGCAUUCUUUUGAGGGGGAGAAUGAAAGGAUGAAUGCUAAUGUUAAGGGGGAGCAAAUUGAACAAAAUGAAGAUUUUCAUGAUCUUAAUGAUGCAUGUUCAACUGCUGGUUCAGAACAUGAUGAUUUGUACGAAGAUGCACCUUUAGAAUUUGAUUCAGCUUAUCCACCAAUGGAAAAAUGGACAAAAGAUCAUCCGAAGGAGCAAAUAAUUGAAUUUCAUACUCAGUUUCUUGAAGCAGUGCUUGCAGUUCUAGGGUCAGAAGAGACAAAGUCUAAGCAUUUGAAGAACACUGCUGCUGAAUCUUCUGAGAAAUCAGUCAAAGAAUCUAAAUCUACAAAGAGUCCGAAAAAGUUACCGAUUACAAAAUCCGACCCGAUCAAAACCGAUGUUUUUGUUGCUGAUACUCCAUCAACUCAGAAGGAAAUAAUUCCUUUGAAGACUGGUGUCUUUUGCAAAAUCAAGAUGAAAUCCAUACAUAAGAGUCGAUCACCUCUAACAAAUGUUGUCCAAAAACCACAAGUUUCGCAUCAAGGACUUCUCUUUCGUGAGAUUCCUGCACCUGCUUCACCAUCUUCUAAAAAGCAAAGGGCAACUGAUAUGGCCAAACACAUAUCAAAGAAGAAGAGGAAAAGUAAGUUGAUAAUCUCCUCUGAGUCUACUGCUGAUGACAAUGAAACAAUACCAAAAACACCAGAAGUCGAUCUUUAG